AUGUCUUGCUGCGGAGGAAACUGCGGAUGCGGCACCGCCUGCAAGUGCGGCAACGGCUGCGGUGGCUGCAACAUGUACCCCGAGGUUGAGGCCGCCGGCGCCACCCUCCUCGUCUCCGCCACUGCCACUCACAAGGGGAGCUCCGGCGGCAUGGAGAUGGCGGCCGAGAACGGCGGCUGCGGCUGCACCCAGUGCAAGUGCGGCACCAGCUGCGGCUGCUCCUGCUGCAGCUGCUAG